AUGAAGAAGGAAUUAAUAAGUCUGCUCAAGCAAUACAUCGAUGUAUUUGCUUGGUCUUACGAUGACAUGCCUGGAUUAAGCACUGAUAUCGUCUCGCAUCGACUACCAACUAACCCUGCGUGUCUGCCUGUAAAGCAAAAGACGAGGAAAUUCAAACCCGAUUUGAGUUUGAAAAUUAAGGAGAAAGUGACCAAACAAAUAAAAGCCAACGUCGUGAGGGUCACAACUUAUCCCACCUGGCUGGACAAUACCAUGCUAGUACUGAAAAAGGAUGGGAAGAUAAGAAUAUGUAUGGAUUAUCGGGAUCUCAACAAGUCUAGUUCGAAAGAUGAUUUUCCUCUCCAAAACAUUCACAUUCUUAUCGAUAACUGCGCAAAACAUGAGUUGCAGUCAUUUAUUAAUUAUUUUAUGGGAUACCAUCACAUCUUGAUGAACGAGGAUGAUGCAGAAAAGAUAGCCUUUAUCACUCUAUGGAGAGUAUACUGCUACAGGGAUGCCGCCAUCGGAUGGACUGAAGAAUGUCAGAAGGGUUUUGACAAAAUUAAAGAGUAUUUGUCUAAGCCACGAAUACUGGUUCCACCAGAACUGGGAAAGCCGUUGCUGUUAUAUCUAUCUGUUAGGGAUAAUGUAUUUGGAUAUGUGUUAGGGCAGCAUGAUGAUACAGGGAGGAGAGAGCAAGCCAUUUAUUACCUGAGUAAGAAGUUCACACCAUGUGAAGCUAGGUAUACAUUGUUGGAGCGGACUUGUUGCGUAUUGACUUGGGUCGCGCAAAAGUUAUGGCACUACCUGUCUGCGUAUACCACGUACUUGAUCACAAAAAUGGAUCCACUCAAGUACAUCUUUCAGAAGCCAAUGUCUACUGGAAAAUUGAAAGCUGUCAAAGGACAAGCUUUGGCUGAUUACUUCGCAGAAAAUCCAGUGGAUCAAGAUUAUAUGCCACUCAAUACCUACUUUCCUAAUGAAGAGGUGUUGUUUGUAGGAGAAGACAUCUCAGAGCCGUAUGAUGGAUGGAUAAUGUUCUUCGAUGGAGCAGUGAACUUCAAAGGAGUCGGAAUUGGAGCAGUCCUAGUUUCAGAAAUAGUUCAACAUUAUUCGAUAUCAGCGAAGAUUAGGUUUCCUUGCACGAAUAACAUAACAUAA